CGGUAGUGUACGCUGCGCCGUUCUCCCUCCCCUUUCGCUGGCCUAAACAAAACGAGAAAACGAAACAGUUGGCUAGUGCUUUUGACGGGAAAGCGUUGUCAUCAGCGAGACUUUGCGUCGAUAUUAUUUCGUUUUAGUGUAAUCUUAAAAAAUCAUAAUGGCUGACCAACUCACAGAGGAGCAAAUUGCCGAAUUCAAAGAAGCCUUUUCUCUGUUUGACAAAGAUGGAGAUGGCACAAUUACUACCAAAGAAUUAGGCACUGUAAUGAGAUCGUUAGGGCAAAAUCCAACUGAAGCAGAAUUGCAGGACAUGAUUAACGAGGUAGAUGCAGAUGGUAAUGGCACGAUCGACUUUCCUGAAUUCCUCACGAUGAUGGCGCGUAAAAUGAAAGACACUGAUAGUGAGGAGGAAAUCCGUGAAGCAUUCCGUGUAUUCGACAAGGAUGGUAACGGUUUUAUUUCGGCGGCGGAACUUCGUCACGUAAUGACCAACCUUGGAGAAAAACUCACUGAUGAGGAAGUAGAUGAGAUGAUCAGGGAGGCGGACAUUGAUGGUGACGGUCAGGUCAAUUAUGAAGAGUUUGUCACCAUGAUGACGUCAAAGUGAAGAAGCCAACAUUUUGCAUUUCAGCUUUCCAUUGUUUCGUCUCGGCCCGUAAAACAAACUACUACAUUUUUCACACCAACUGAACUUUAUGCUUGUAUAUUGGCAUUCGGGCCAUUAUGUGAAUAACUUUACUGUUAUUUAAUUUACAAGACAUACUUAAAUUAAUAACGUAAUAAAUAUUUAUAAAUUAAUUAUGUGUAAAUUUUUGUAAUAUAUUUUGUUGGGCGAACUUCUUCGUACUGUAAGCAAAUCUGAACUACACGUUUUUAGAUAAAACUACUAAAUUUUCACAAAGUAUGAAACUCAACCUUAUUAACUUCUAAAACGUGCUCCUAGUCUAUUUAAUGUUAGGAUACAGGAAACAUUAGUAAACCACUAAAAGAAAAUUUCAUACUUUGUGACCCGUAAACGUGCACUUAUUUAGAAUGUAUCCUUAAUCAGAUUUAAAUUAUUGGUUUUCCCUUUAAUACUCCUGGUAAUUAAAUGAAGUAUGAUUUUUUAUUCCUCUUUUAGUUAUUAGUCGAAACAUUUUAUUUAAAAAUCAGGAGCUCGGUCAAAUUAGGUAAAUCUCCUUUAUCUUUUUGUCCUAUGUACUGUAUUGUAGGUUUUACAUUGUUUUAGUAUUUUCAGAUAAGACGUAUUUCCAUUUCAUUCUUAUAUUCGUAAUAAGUUAAUUUACAUACUACUAAAUAGGAAGGUAACUAUAAAGUUACAUGUGAAAUUAUUAGAUGUUUAAAUUUGAAAUAAAUGUGACUAGUAAUAUA